AUGAGGACGAUUGUUAGCUUCACGAGUGCAUUGACCUUACAUUAUAUUGUCUCACUGAUUUCAUCUGUGGUACUGUGUAGUUCUGGCUGUUUCCACGGACCUUCUCUGCCUAACAAACCAUUUAUAACCGUAUGGAACACACCUACAGAUCAAUGUAAACCAAAAUGGAAUGUUUCUUUAGAUCUGAGUGCUUUUGACAUCGUGGUGAACAAAGACCAGAAGUGGUGUGGGGAAUAUAUCGUUAUAUUCUACGACACACAACUUGGAUUUUAUCCGUAUUUUGACAGCAAUGGAAAAGCUUUCAACGGUGGUGUACCUCAGGUAGUGGACUUGUUAUUGUAGUAGAGUUGCAGGGUUUUUUUUUGGGUUUGCAACUACGUGACAACGUGACAACGGAGAAUUUGAGAAAAAAAAAAUAAAAUAAAAAGUUAAGAUACAAGCGGAGGGAAACGCUUUUGUUUUUCGGCAACCAAAGUGGCACUGGCAGUCAUGUCGUCACCUGCAAACUUGCAGCAGCCAAAUUGACAAAUCAUUAAUUUCACAAAGACUUAUGCCAUUGAAAAGGAGAAGUAGAGGUUACUAGGCACUAAGCUUUUCCCUUGCAACUCUACUGCCUGGUUAGCUCAGUUGGGAGAGUAGCCUGCAGCUAUUGCAGGCGUAUUUUGGAAGGACGAAAGCUGCUUGUUUAUGUUCCUAUUGUUGCAUGUAGUCCUGAUCUUUAAUUUUAUGACAGAGGAAGAUUGGGGAGAGCAGAAAUAGCAACCCUUGGGGUAGGUGCUAUGGAAUUUCUGCAAGCAAAAACAUUUGCAUGUGCGAAGAAAAUGCUUUCAAUGCAGGCUAUUGGGAGAGCACGAGUCUGCCAAGCAGGAGGUUGCGUUCAAACCACUCAGGGUCUUUAAAUUUUAUAACUGAGAAGAAAGUGCUGCCCUUGUACACAGGAAAAAAUAACCGGUUCCCAUUUUUGGAUAUUUUAGGGAAUUUAAAGAAUACCCACAAAAAUCCCAAAUUUGGAAGAAUGAGACAAGUCCCAAUCAGGGAACUUGGUUGGGAAUUCCCUGGUUGGGACUUGUCUCACUNACAAAUCAUUAAUUUCACAAAGACUUAUGCCAUUGAAAAGGAGAAGUAGAGGUUACUAGGCACUAAGCUUUUCCCUUGCAACUCUACUGCCUGGUUAGCUCAGUUGGGAGAGUAGCCUGCAGCUAUUGCAGGCGUAUUUUGGAAGGACGAAAGCUGCUUGUUUAUGUUCCUAUUGUUGCAUGUAGUCCUGAUCUUUAAUUUUAUGACAGAGGAAGAUUGGGGAGAGCAGAAAUAGCAACCCUUGGGGUAGGUGCUAUGGAAUUUCUGCAAGCAAAAACAUUUGCAUGUGCGAAGAAAAUGCUUUCAAUGCAGGCUAUUGGGAGAGCACGAGUCUGCCAAGCAGGAGGUUGCGUUCAAACCACUCAGGGUCUUUAAAUUUUAUAACUGAGAAGAAAGUGCUGCCCUUGUACACAGGAAAAAAUAACCGGUUCCCAUUUUUGGAUAUUUUAGGGAAUUUAAAGAAUACCCACAAAAAUCCCAAAUUUGGAAGAAUGAGACAAGUCCCAAUCAGGGAACUUGGUUGGGAAUUCCCUGGUUGGGACUUGUCUCACUAUGCCAAAUUUGGGAUUUUUAUGGGUAUUCUUUAAAUACCCUAAAAUAUCCAAAAAUGGGAAUCCGUUAUUUUUUCCUGUGGUAAUGACAUCUGCAAACUGUUAGACUUUCUAGUCUUCUCAAAACCAUAGGUCCAGUCUCACAGCACUUUCACUUACACUGUAUCUGGUUCUUGUGAGAACCCAUGUAUCACUGUUCGAAAAGAGUGACGGGACAUAGAGAUCAGUGGGAUGACCAACCUUUCCUGGACUGGGUGGGUUAUCUGUAAGGAGAGAUCUUAAUAUAGCGAUUCCACCUUUAGGAGUCGCAAUGGCUACCUACAGUAAACAGUGUAACUGUACAUGAUGUAUGUGUGUGCCAACUUUAAGGUACACAUGUCCUUUUUUUUUCUUUUUAUGUGACAGCUUGGAAAUCUUACAGCACACUUAUUAAAAGUAGAGCAAGAUGUAGCAAAUAUCAUUCCUGAUAAUGAAUUUCAAGGUAUUGGUGUAAUUGACUGGGAAUACUGGAGACCUGUGUUUGACAGAAACUGGGAUAAACUUUCCAUCUAUAGGUCUGUCAGAAUUUUGUUUUGUCUUUAAAUAGUUGAACACUUUGAUUGUUGAACCUCUAUAUUGGGUCUUUCCAAAGAAAUCAAAGUCACGACAAUUGCUGUUGAUGAAGCAAAGAUCUUAGGGAUUAAAGCACGGAUCACAUUGCUAUUCCAAUCAAGACUGGUAAAAAAUCUGCCCAAAAAUUGUGCUGCAUGAUCAGAGUUUUUGCUUUGCUUAUUAAAACUGUUGCUUUCUUGAUUUUCUCGUUUCCAAUACGUUGUGGUUGCACUAAGCUCACUAGUAGCAUAAUUUACCACGCAAAAUUUGUUCUCGAUAUUAUUGAAUAUUUCACCCGAAAAAAAGCUAAUUUGAUGGAAAGCACGUGACAAAAUUGGCAUCCACAGGUACCCAUAGUCUCCGAGUAAUGUCCAUAAGAUGUACAGAUUAUAAUUAGAUUCUAUCUGAACCAAAACAAAAAGAAGUCACUUCUUAAAGUUAUUAAUUUUAAACAGGUUAAGUGAAAACGGUCAAAUAAAAGUGUUUAUCAGAGAAGAUCAAGAUUAAUUUGAAUUUUUGGUGUUAUUGAGAUCUUGUUACUGCAACACCUAAUUCCAUGUCCUUGCAUGAGACCAACCUACAAACCUUACGUGAAUAAUUUACAGAACUUUAUGAAUGACUGAUUGAUUGAAUGAAUGAAUGAUUGAUUUAUUUAUCUAAAAUCAGAAUCAAUCAAUCAAAAUCAAACUCAUUCAUUCCAUCAAUCAAUUGAUUCGAUGGAAUGAAUUAAUGAAUGAAUGAAAAGAAAGAAAAUGAUUAUUUUAUGAUCAAAUUUGUCCUUGUUAAUUCUGAAGUUGGGUAUAAACAGGCACUAGCACUUGAGUGAUGCAAAAUGAUAAUUACAAAAUUGAUUAUUUUUCAAUUCAUAGGAACAAGUCUAUGGAACUGGUCAAACAGAGACACCCUUUGUGGCCAGAUAGUUUAGUUGAAGACAUAGCUAGAGUUGAGUUUGAAACAGCAGCCCGAGAAUUCAUGGAAGAAACUUUGCUGCUUGUUCAGAAACUUCGCCCAAAGUCCUUGUGGGGAUUUUAUGGAUUUCCAAAUUGUUACAAUGACAAAGAUGCUGACAAUUGCAGUCAAGUCACCAUGAAGUACAAUGAUCAAAUUUCUUGGUUGUUUGAGUGGAGUUCAGUGCUGUUUCCAUCAAUAUAUCUUCACGACAAGGCAAAACUGAAUGGCACAUUGUUUGUGAAGUACAGGCUUCUGGAAAGCUUUAGAUUCGCUAAGAAGUUGGAUGGAAGCCCCAUUCCUGUGUUCCCGUAUGUUCGAAUAACAUAUGCAGUAUCUCAGGUGUACCUCAAUGUGGUAAGUCAAUUAAUGUUUAUCCUCAGCAGUAUUUUUAUAUGAGCACUAGUGCUUAGCGAGGUUAGGUAAAUGCCUGAAACAAAUAAUUUCAAUCAAACAUGAUGGUGUUAAGACCCCAACUCGCCUAAGGCAAACCAGCUGGCUACAUUGUAUUUACAAGUAUAGUCGAGGAUUGAACUCAGGACAACCAACAGGUUGGGAUUCACACCAGUUUCCACCCUUUUACGGAAAUCAGUCAGAUUUUUCAUAAUAAAUAUGUUUUUAACAAUAAUAGAACUUUUCAAGUUGAAAUCUGGAAAAUGGUCUGGACAAAAAAAUGUUCUCUUUUUCCAGUUUCUGAACAUUAGAUGUGCCCUCAAUAAAUCUGAAACCUGGGAAAGAGAACUUCCAAAAUAAAUUCCCAGAGUUAAAUUCCCCCGGGCUCCCCUAGAAGCUUGCUUCCUCUGCCCCUCAUUCAUAGGAAAUCGGUCAGUAUUGAUCCCAGAUCCUCACCUGACCAAUUAGGAACAAAUCCAGCUAGUGGUCAUGGAGGGAUUUGAAUGUGGGGCCUCUGAAUUGCAAGUCCAGCGAUUAAACCACUUGGUCAUGGUGUCUCCUAAUUAAUUGUGAAGAACUAGGGAAAUUUUACACCAGAAAGCCCACAACAAAUUUCGAGAGCCUCCAGGUGAAAAUUAGACCGCAAGCGGUUGUCCUUCUUUCCUCAGAGCCACCCACAGUGAGCGAAAAGCUAAAAUAAUGUCCUCACAUUCUGCAGUGUCUCAAAAGAAAAACAUCAAGAAACUGCUCGCCGUCUACAUGUAGGUGAAAAUUGAAUGCAUGACCCUUCAAGUGCUAAAUUGGAGCCUUUAACUACUGAGCUAUACACUGUGCAUAUACUGGAGUCUCUGGGCCUAUCAUGCCUUCUUAGGAUUUGCUGUAUGGGUACACAGAUUAAAACCAUAAUUAUGAUAAAUUCUCUUUGAUUGUAAAUUUUAGCGGGACUUGUUUGGCCAAGAUGGGUAGCUGUUGGCUUCAAUUUUUUUUUCUUUGUACUUGUUUUUAUUGGCCUUGAUGACAUAUUUUAAAAAAACUUGGCCUGUAUCCAGGCCUUGGCCAAUAUUGCAUAAUUAUGUGCAUGUGUCAAUAUUGCUUCAUGCUUAUAAAGUCCAUUUCAUAAAUGCAUGUAUAAAAUAAUGUUAAUGAAAUAAUGUUCAUGGCUGAAGGAUCAAUGUAGAAAGUUGCUGCACUACAUUGUCUUGUGGACCAGCAGUUUUUUCCCCAUACAAACCCUUACAAUCUUAUAGUCUUUUGUGCAAAUCACCUAGUCAAAAUUGGCUUUCCAGCGCCAUAAUAUUAAUUUCUUUUCGUAUGACAUUGUCGGUGAGUUGCAAACAGCCUACUCCCAGCAGCCAGGUUGCUUGCUCCACCUGCCCCCUCCUUCCAAAACACACCCGCUCCACCACUUUCAAGGUAUAGCAUUGUUAUUGUUGUUAUCUAAUUGACAGGGUGAUAUAAUGUCAACAAUACUACAGUCUGCAGAACAAGGAACAGCUGGGGUUGUAAUCUGGGGAGACCACCAUUCUGAGGCCACCAAAACUGACUGCAUUGAAUUAAAGAACUACAUUGACAAUUUUCUGGGACCUCUUGUUAAAAGCAUCACCAGCAUAGCGCAGAAUUGCAGUCAGGAGUUUUGCAAUUUACAUGGAAGGUGCAAAUUUCAGUUAAAUCCUGAUUUAUAUUUCAAAGCGUCAAGUCUUGAGGUUAACCUAGACUUUUUGUCUGAUCAAUGGAAAUUUUUGAGCUGUCGUUGCUAUAGUGGAUGGAGUGGAGAAGACUGCAGGCAUCACCUUUAAGUGUAAACAAAUACC